GGAACGAAAUUCCAGAAAUAUGAGCCGGGUGCUGGUCAGAGACUUUGUGCGUCGAAGUCAGCGGCUUUUGGUGGCAGGACACUGUUCAAAUCGACACGCCUUCCACAGCUCGCCGUCAUGGUGUGCGGUCAGGCCGUAUCUCCUAGCAGACAUUGGGGAAGGAAUCACUGAGUGUCAAAUCAUCAACUGGUCGGUAAAGCCGGGAGACCGCGUUGCCCAAUUCGACCCAAUAUGUGAGGUUCAGUCGGAUAAAGCAACUGUAGAGAUUACCUCGCGAUUUGAUGGCGUGGUCAAAGCACUCCACUAUGAGCAGGAUGAAGUUGCCAUCGUGGGGAAGCCACUGUUGGAUAUGGAUAUUGCGGACGAAAUCACAGGAGAUCCAAUUCUUGCGGACGCCGCUGUGGAGCAACACUCAGAGACUGGGGAGGCGCCGGAGAAGGGGAGCUCUGAGGGAGAAACAGAACAACCAACAUCGUCACUUGAAUCCCAGUCUACCGUACAGGCCUCAUCGCUGACCUCGUCGGCACCCGCGACGAGAGAAAAGCUAGCCCCUAAAACUUCGGCACUCCUCACCCCGGCUGUGCGACAUAUGCUCAGACAGGCAGGCAUCGAUGUAUACGAUGUUCAAGGGACUGGCAGGGAUGGACGCAUUACAAAGGACGAUGUCCAACGCCAUAUCCAGGCACAAUCGAACUCCAGUACAACCCUACCGCCCGCUCCUCCCGUCCAUGAAUCGCAGUCGACGAAGACGGCAGAAGACAAGGUUGUCGCUUUGAACCCGGUUGAGAAACAGAUGUUCAAAGUUAUGACGCACUCCCUCACGAUCCCUCACUUCCUCUACACUCACAGCGUCGACGUCACAUCGAUCAACCUGCUCCGCCGAAAGUUCAACAUCAACCAAAGUCUCGCGUCCACACUUUCCGCACCAGGCUCCUCUGUUUCGAAGCUGACAAUCCUCCCCUUCAUCAUGAAGGCGUUGGCGCAAGCGUUUUCACAAUUUCCGAAACUCAACGCCCACCUAGACACGGCAACCAACCCGUCAAGUCCCCAACUGAUUCUCAAAUCCUCCUGCAAUUUCGGGAUUGCGGUAGACACCCCUCAGGGCCUGCUGGUUCCUGUGGUCAAGGACGUACAGAAGCACUCCAUCAUUUCACUUGCUGUGGAAAUCAAGCGGUUGAGCGAUCUGGCGCAAGCUGGACGUCUCGCGCCAGACGACUUCAAGGAUGCCACCUUCACGAUCAGCAACAUUGGGAGUAUCGGCGGAAGUGCCGUCGCGCCUGUGAUUGUGGCUCCGAUGGUGGGGAUCCUGGGGCUUGGUAGAGCUCAAGAUGUCCCGGUUUUCAUCACAGACAAGGAGGGUGGUGAACGCGUUGUCAAGCAGGAGCAGGUGGUGCUAAGCUGGAGUGCCGACCACAGGGUUCUCGACGGCGCAACUGUCGCCAAAGCCGCUGAAGUUGUGGGCACGUUGAUCCAAAACGCCGAGAGUCUGGGACUGGCGUUGCGAUGACAUUAAUCUGAUAUGUAAAAAACUCCUCGGCGACGAAUCCUGGGGUGGCGUAAGCCAGAUUGUGUCGCAAUGGAAAAUGUCGCAAACUUCCCUACUUGGGAUACUUGGGAUACUUGGGAUACUUGGG